AUGCUUUCGCAUGAUAUAGAAAAUGGUUUGUGUAUGGUUGGAUACUGGGAGCAUGGGAAAGGACUAAAAGAUAUUGCAGUACAAUCUGAUGGCGAUCACAAAGAGGAAAAACCACAUAACAGAACUAGAAUCGUCACAACUAUUAUAAAUGAACCUUUUGUACAGAAGAAGAAGUCAGACAACGGAAAGCCAUGGGUAGGCAAUGAUCGUUUUGAGGGGUACUGCAUAGAUAUGAUUAAAGGAGUUGCUGAGAUGGCGAAUUUUACCUACAUUUUGAAACUUGUAAAUGAUUCAGAGUAUGGCACGAAAGGCGAAAACGAUUCAUGGAAUGGUCUCAUCGGCGAAUUAAAAAGGGGGGAAGCUGACAUCGCCUUGGCAAGCCUUACGAUUACCCAUCAACGAGAAGAAGCCGUGUACUUCACAAAACCUUAUAUGAACACCGGGAUCUCGAUCAUGAUAAAGAAACCAGAGAGGGAGAAACCUGGAGUAUUCUCAUUUAUGGACCCCUUGUCGCUGCAAGUGUGGGGCUUAAUCAUAGGAGGAUUUUUCGCCGUCAGCUUUAUAUUGUAUAUGGUUGGGCGAUUUAGUCCAUACGAGUGGCAGGAUGAAGAUGCCGGCGCAGAUACAGCACCGUCAGAUACUUUCUCAUUUAUAAAUACCUUAUGGUUCUCGUUGGGUGCUCUCAUGCAGCAGGGCCCUGAUAUCUUCCCAAGAUCGCUUUCAGGUCGUGUUCUCGCAAGUGCCUGGUGGUUUUUCACAUUAAUCACCAUAUCAUCAUAUACAGCCAAUCUGGCAGCUUUCCUUACAUUUGAAAAACUAACAACACCCAUCAACUCUGUAGACGACUUAGUGAAACAAUCAAAGUUAAAAUAUGGUAUUCAGAGAGGCGGGGCAACGUAUCAGUUUUUCAAGGAUGCAAGAGUGCCAACAUAUAGACAAAUGUAUACUGUGAUGGAGGACGCCAUUCCUUCAGUGUACGUGGAUACUCCUGAGGAAGGAUGGAAGCGUGUUAUUAAUGAACGGCACACGUAUGCCUUCUUGCUAGAGUCUUCCAGCAAUAAUUUCUACAAUCAACGAAAGCCAUGCAAAACUAUGAAAGUAGGGCGAAAUUUAGAUCAGAAGGGAUACGGCAUAGCAAUGCCAAAAUAUUCAGAUUUGACAAAUAAAAUAAACAUAGCUGUGUUAGAGUUGCAAGAAAAGGGAGUUCUUCAUAAAUUGGAGGAGAAAUGGUGGUAUAGCAAAGGUGAAUGCGGAAAUGCAGACGGUUCGGACAAGGGAAAGAAUGCACUGAAUUUGAGCAACGUGUCAGGAAUAUUCCACAUAUUGAUUGGUGGUCUUGUUUUGGCAAUGAUAAUAUCUCUAUCACAGAUUGCAUUCCACGCAAAAGUCAAAACAAGAAGGCCUAAGGAUGCUUAUACAAUAAACAGCAGACUGAACAAUCAUGAGCAUCCAGAUGUACGGUACAGACGUCCGACAGCAAAAAGAGUUAAUAUUGAGACAACCCCUGUGAUAACCUACACAACGAGUAACGGCGGGGAGCCGCACUUAAUCGAAUUUGAAGAAGACAAUCAUGGAGACAAAAUAAUUUCAUUGGAUGAUGACAUCACGUGACGAACGGCUUUGAAUUUUAAUUUGCUUUUUAUUCUGUUUUAUGUUGACACUGACAAAGGUUUAGAUGUGUUUUGUCAGUAUGGGAAGAUGCUGUACAGGAACAACUGUCGAGAUAACGGAAUAUAAGUGUACUUAUACUGUUUAGCUUGGCGUGUUUUCUUUUUUAUAUUUAAUCCAGUGAAUGACUUCUCAUACUGACUUGUGUAUAACUGAGAUUGAUUUCAGCACUCAAUGGAAUGCAAAACACAGAAAAAUAUUGAUAAAAUAAAUCAUAAAUCAGGUACAAUGUACAUGUACAUAUGUAAACUGUCUUACUGCAAGUUUAUGAAACUGAGUUUUGAUCCCUUUCUAAGAAUGCAGUCUUGUCAUUGAUCAAUCUUGCAAACCAGUUGGAGACUGGUCGCCAAACUUAUGUUUAUAUUCUUCAACCAUAGACUUGCUCAUAUUUUUACGUCUUUGAUUUGUAAAUAUGUCUGCAUUGAUUUUCUGUAAACUUAUUUCGUACAUGUCUUUUGUCAUUUAAUAGUGUUUGAGAACCAGUUGCAUAGCAUGUCUUAAGAAUAACUUUUAUUUCUAGUCACAAAACCUUUUGGACGUUUGUAAAAAUACAACUGAUUCAAAUAGUUGAUCUUCAUUGAUAAGUGUAUGUUAUCGGCAUUCUUUUAAAGUUAUACAUUCCAAGAAUCUUUUAAAGGUACUAAGGCACUAAGAAUAUUUUACGUGAAAUUUCUUAUUUCUGCAGGUAGGCGGUUGUAAAACGAUGAACAAAUAUAUCAGCUUCCACCUUGGUUUUCAACAAAUAUCUAAGCAUGAAUUUCUUAUUUCCGAAAUUUACAUUUUGCUUUUAAAAUACAGGAACUUUAUAUGAAAUAAAGAUGAUAUUAAAAAUUGAAAGAUACGUUUAACAUAAAAACCAAUACGGAACUAACGUUUGCUUUAGGAACAUAUUACGGAACUAGUUAAUGACGUACUGCGAUGACAGUCGCCAAACGGGGACCUUUGAAAAAUACACAAUAUUUCGGAGGACAGCAACGCUCGACUAUUCAACAGCAUUGUCAAUUGAAUGAACAUUAAAGUCGCAAAAGGGACAUAAGUUUGUAAAUUUGCAAAACAGGGUUAUGGAUCCUGUACAAUGCACAUAUCAGCUUAUGACAAUGGGACAUUGUGUGAAGUUUCAAUCCACUUUCAUUAGUGGGUACUGGUACUAAGAUACUAGCUUACAUACAAAAACUUAACCAAAAAGCUGCUAAGUCAAAGAUGGGGCAUACUUUUGUAUAAAUGCAAAGUAGAGUUAUGGAACCUGUGCACUGCCUGUCAGAUCAUAACAAUGAACAAAGGUGUGAAGUUUCAAUCCAUUCCCGUAAAUGGGUACUGUGAUACCAGUUUACAUAUAAAACCUUAACCAAAAAUGUAAAGUCGAAAAAGUGGCAUAAUUUGUAAAAAAGCAAAACAGAGUUAUGGAACCUGUGCAAUUUAUGUUUAUCACAGUGAAUAAGUGUGUGAAGUUUCAAUAUAUUCCCACAAGUGGUUACUGAGAUACCAGCUUACAUAAAUCGGGACGCCGACGCACCAAUAGAACUACAAUUUUUCUGAAUAGUCGAGCUAAUGAUUAGUACAGCGUGACGUAAACUAAAAGGGUGCGGUUUGGUCUUCAUCACAAUAGCCGGCAUGGACAACAUUAAAGAGUUCAGUUUUCUCGUGAAACAUUUUCUUACAUUUUCCUAAUUAUUCCUUGCCAUUUUUGACAUUAAAGCUAUUCACCCACUGUUUGGGUGAAUUAUUUACACGUUCAUUUCCAACAAGUUUGACAUGGAAUGUGCAUACAUAAUUGCAAGAAAUAGAUAAAGCGAAGAACUAACUCCAGAAAUAUACUUUUUACUUCAAAACUAACAUGUUUCGUCCAUUGGACUUCAUCAGAGUAUAAUAACAAAAUAGUAUGACGUCACAGGAAAGUACGACGUCAAUGACGACGUCAAAAGACGUUACCCAUUUUGGCGUAAUAUUCACAUAUAGUAUAGGAUCAAAAAUAGAUACUUAUUCCCUGCAAAAAUUGCAAAGCAAAAAUAAUAUUAAUACAGGCAAGGAAAACUAACUUAUAUGCAAAAAUACAUUAGGAAGAAUCUGUGUGAAAAAAUGAAAGACUAAAAUAAUAUUUUAGCAUUCAUGCCAUGAGGCCAGGCUGUAUUCAAUGUAUGAAUCCUACGAGUCUCUUUCAAG